AUGAGCCUGGGUCUUGAUGAUGGCGGCUUCGAUGCGCUCGAGCCAGCCUAUACACAAGACUUUGCCGCGUUCAUGGACAGCGUACCUAAUCUCACUCAUCCAUUCUCUCCAACCUACCAACCCCUGCCGGCGUUCUUUUCAAAUUUGGAUCUGCCCUUGGCCGGUGUUUUUGAAAACACCAACGAUCUCAAAGAGGGCGAAAACUCGCAUGAUGAGACAACGGCAACUACUACGAUACAAGCGACACCAUUGUCCCUUGCCAAUAUAAGGGCCGUUGACGCGUCCAUCUCACGUUUUGGCUCUCGGCUGCCAUCCUUGGCUCCUGAGGACAAGCCUCCGCAAACUGGACCUCAUCCGCAGGGCCCCACGAGGCUGAACAGUCGCGACUUGUUUAUCUCGGCUGAAUGUCGACAGCACAUAAUUGAUGAGCUGGCGACGUUCUCUGGUUGCAUAGAUGGGGAUUUUGUUCUUCCCUCCCGACACGCCUUGUCGCGGCUGAUAGGUGGAUAUUUCAAAAACUUUCAUGCGCAUUAUCCCUUCUUCCACGUCGCCACUUUGCGAAUGGACAGUAUCCAUGUGGAAUUGCUCUUGGCAAUCGCGGCCCUAGGUGCUCGCUACACCAGGGAGCCAGAGAUGGGCGUUGAGCUGUUCCGCGUCUCGAGAUCGGUCGUCUUGGAGCGUCUUCGCAGACGCCAGAGAAGAAAAGCUAACAUGUCUUUGGAGCAGAGGGCACAGAAUACUUCUUUCUCCAGGAGCGAUACGCGACUCGGCUCCAAUUCCGCCGCGAAUCUGGACUCGAAUUGUAAAAGGGACGAAGGAUUUUGCGUGGUUGAGAUGGUGCAGACUUUACUGCUUCUGAUUGCCAUUGCGUCCUGGUACAGACGCGAGCCAGCAGUAACCGACGCGCUAUCUAUCCGGAGUGUCUUACACUCGCUCAUUCAAGAUGACGAGUUAUCGCGAACUAAAGAACAAUCGUCGGAGGAGUGGCGAGAGUGGGUUCGAUUUGAGACCAUCAAAAGAACCCUCCUGGUGGUCUUCUGUUUCUUUAAUAUUCACACAAUUCUUUUUGACCUACCACCCAUGAUGCUCGCAAGUGGACUACGGCUCGAUCUCCCUUGUUCUGAGAAAGAGUGGAAAGCAGCCAACGAGCUAGACUGGCGAGAAGCCCGCGCUGAAUCGAGGUCGCCUCGUCAAGACUUUCAAGACGCCUUCUCUUGUCUCUUUGCAAACCCAGGAGAGUGGAAUGGCUCGACCCAGAUGAUCACGAAAGGCUUCUCUGCUCUUGGUGGCUGUGCUCUUAUUCAUGCCGUCAUUCAACAUAUUUGGUUGGCUCGGAAUGCACGACUGCCAGUCGUGCAGGAAGAUUCAAGCAGCCUCUCGGACGAGGAAAUGAAUGUCUUUGAACGGGCGCUGAAACGAUGGGCGAUGUACUGGGAACGUGAUCAGGAAUCAUCAAUGGACCCGCUAAGUCCACACGGCCCUGUAACAUUCACAUCGACCGCACUCCUUCGGCUAGCUUAUAUUCGGCUCAACAUGGAUCUUGGCCCUGUGAGGUCACUCAGCAGCUGGGAUCCGUUUACAGUCGCUAACUCAUUGCACCAAAGCCCAAAAGUCCAACGCAGCGACAAAAUGACGCGGGCAGCACUCCAUUGCGCACACGCCCUCAGUAUUCCAGUGAAGCUUGGAAUCAACUAUGUUGCCCAGACACAACUGAUUCUGUGGUCAAACCAGCAUGCGCUAUGCUCUUUGGAGUGUGCGGUGCUGCUCGCAAAGUGGCUUGAAGCCGUCACUAUGCCAGAUCCGAAUCCUCCACUGACGCCCGCGGAACAGAGGGUGCUCGAGUUUGUGGUCCAGCUCGUGGCUGAGACUGAAUAUAAAAUGAGUUGCGACCGAAUCCUGACACAGAAGGUCCGGUUGAGUGGCAUGGUUGUCAGGCUCUGGGCUAAGCUGUAUCAAUCGAGCAGCGUGUGGCAGAUGGUCAAUUUGAUUGGAGAAUCCCUCAGCAUCUAUGCUGAUCGCCUGGAGGCUGAGCACAAGGGUGAGGCUCGACAUUAA